UGUUGACCAUGUAUAAUGAGGACGAAGUACUUUUCGCCCGUACAUUUCACGGCGUCGUCAAAAAUAUUGUUCACCUUUGCUCUCGUGAUCGUUCUCGAGUUUGGGGCAAGGAUGGAUGGAAGAAGGUGGUGGUGUGCGUGGUUUCUGAUGGUCGUUCAAAGAUUAAUCGGCGUACGUUAGCAUAUCUGGCGGGCAUUGGCGUCUAUCAAGAUGGUAUCGCAAAGAAUUAUGUAGAGUCUAUUAAAGAGGAUGGAUCAAAAACGAAGAAAGAAGUUACCGCUCAUAUAUACGAAUAUACAACUCAAAUUUCAUUUGAUGCGGAAAUGAAAAUGAAGACUGAAGAACUUGUACCCAUUCAA